CUUUCGAUACGAUACGAUACCUUCCGAUACGUAUCUUAAUUUUGGUCGACCGAUACGGCGACCGAUACCAAUACUUUAAUCCUUGGUACCAACCAUGAGGUUGUUUGUUAGCAUGUAUGCCUUACCUGGUCAUCCCAAAUUUUUGGGAUGGUUCUACUUCAGGCGUCGUAGUAAGGAGCAUAUGAUCGUAGAUUUCUUGGUGUCUUUGAAUCUUGAGUGGAAGGACUGGUUCUUCAAUGCCCGGCCUUCCAGUCCCUUCAAUAUCCUAAUUACGUGGUCGCUGGUGAACAUGAGCAAAGUUAAUAAGUUGCUUGUCCUCAAUGAUGAUAAGGAAAAGGUCCUUAGGUUGCUGAUGGUGCCCUGUCGGGUGGUUCUCAUGUCCGACCUUUCCAAUGACCAAUACCUAUUGAGGUUUGGUCAGAGUCCGGUGCCCAUGGAUAAGAAUUACAUGAUUAACAUCAUAGAUGAGGCCAUCGAGGAGGAAGAAGUUAGGGAGAAAGGCAACGAAGGAGGGAGGGUUGAUCUCCCUGUGAUCGAGUAGGUCCCUCGCUCAGAGCACGGACCCUCCGUUAUCAUGGUUGAAGGUAUCAUUCCUCAUCAAGGACCUCAGGAUGUGUCUGAUGAUCUCGUUCCUCUCUCUAUGGUUAUUGAGAGUAAGCGAAAGUGUGGAGGGGGGAACGUUGGUGGGUCAGAGAAGGGAUGGGGGUCCUCACUCGAAGAAUCUUUGUUUACCCUUUGAUUCUCCUAUUUUGAGGUUACUGCGAUCAACUCUGGAAAUGGGGUGGCCAUUGUUUCUCCUUCGAGACAAGGUGCAAAAGUUUCUAGUAGCUCGUUGAAGAGGCGUCAACAAGAGAAGCGGAAAGCUCCUAACACUUCUUCUGAGGAGCCCUACAUUCGCUAGUGUGGUCUUUCUUGUGGGUCGUCUAUUCAUGAACCCAGCCUUUGCUCAAACUGUCAUGAUUGAGGGGGCCCUUCCGAAGGAUAAAGUGACCUACAAAGGAAAGAAGUUACAAUCUCUUCUUGUCAGGGGUCUCAUGCACUUGGCCACAGUGAGCUUCAUUAUGGCUUAUAUUUUUUUUUUCUCUGAUCAUAUGCUAAAUUUCCUACUGUUCCUGCUGUAGGGUCAAGUGCUACUUGGUGAGCUCCUUACUAGGGUCAAUGAAUAUCAUAUAUUGGGUAAGGACCAUAAGAAGAAAGCUGAAGAGGGUUGGGUUGAGGUGGCAAAACUGAAAGGGAAGCUGGUGGAGGCUAUAAAAGAAAAGAAGGUAGCAGAACUAUUGGUCGCUUCAGAGGAGGCUGAGAUCAAAGGCUUGAAGGCUUGUAAUGAAUAAGUCCAAGCCGGUUCGCUGGAGGCUAUGACAAGGGUGUUAUCUUCCGUGGAGAAGUUGAAGAAAUGAGAACUCAAGCUCCAUCAGGCUGCUAACGAUAUUGAUACUUUAAAGAAGCAAGUAAUGUUGCUAAAGCAUGCUCAAGACAACUUAAAGUAGCAAAUAGCAAGGAUGUCUACUCAAUCUGAUGAGAGUGCUCGUAAUUCUGUGGCGAAGUAUAAAGCCUCGGAAGAGUUCAAUCGUGAGAAGGCCAAGGUUGGAGUUCAUUUGUAUUUGCAGGGGAUGUUAACUGUUCGGGAGGAGGUGGAGCGAAAAAGUAUUGAUUUCGACCUCAUCACUUUCUCGUAAGAGUGGGACAAAGAAAGGCGCUUGAAAGUCGAAGUACCGCGUGGCUCGACUGGAAAUGUCACGCAGGCUGACAGCCAACUUGCUCUGCGGGAGGGAAGUGGGGUUGCCAUGAGCGAUAAAGUCACAGAAUUCUUACCCUCGGAGAAAACUGUUGCUGCUACUUCUGCUACUUUGGCAUCCGAGUGUGUUGUUCCUGAAUCUAUUCUUCAUGCUACUAUUGAUGGAAGUUCCUCUGAUCCUAUCCCCUCAAAGGAUGCUUCCCCAAAGGAUGCUACUAAAGUUUCUGUUCCUACUUCUGGAAAUUGAUUACUUGUUUACUUUUUCUUGUUGUUAAGAUGUUGAGUCCCCUUCUUCUCUUUUUUUUUUGUAAAUUGUUCUAGCAAACAUACCAUUUGUGGACAUGUUGUCACUUAAUAUAUGGUGGAUUUU